AUGCACUACCCCAUUCGCCUCCUCCAUCCCAACUCCUCUCCAACUCUUGGAGUCACUGCUGCAGAAUGGGUGACAGCGACGGCACAUACGAGACUCCAAACAAGCGACAAAGAGUGGGUUACAAUGGAGCUGGAGUCAAUCUACGCAUGUGUCCACAUUGCGGGCGCACCUUCAAGAGAACGGAGCAUCUUGAGAGGCACGCUAGCCGAGCAUGAGGGCGAUGUACCUUCGCCUGAGCUUGCGCAAGGGAAUGUGACUGUAGUACAGCAGGGCAAUGACAACAUCGGUGAUCCAGACUUGGCUGCAGCUGUGUCACUCUCAGGCCUAAGUGUUGAUCCAUGGUUCUGUGCAAGAACACAACAGUCCAUGCAACUUCCAGUUGCUGUUCCUCAGACAGUGAGUGAACAAGUGCAACACCAACCAAGUGCCGAAGAUGGUCAAUUCGUCCCCAACUUUCUGUCACCACAGAUGCUUGACAGCGGCGUCGACUUUGACACCCACUUCCGCGAGUUCACCAGUUUCCUUGACGGUGUUGGACUCUCUGCCGAGUGGAGCCCUUUCUUCGGCGACCCUGACAGGCAUGAGGAAUCCAUUGAUCCCGCCCUGACGCAAGGCAAUAAUGAAGAGACCUCACCUCGACAAGGGGCUCCAACCCGAGCUGGAACACCGUUCAGCUCUUGGCUUCCAUCAGCACCUACGGGCAAUCGAAUAUCCAAUUACGUCUCCGACACAGACAAUCCAAGGGCCAUUGAUCCCGAAACACGACCGUUCAAAGUCACCGAAGAGCAAAGAUCGAAGCUCAAAGCCUCCACCCUGGACUACUCGCAUCUCCUGGACCCAGCGUUUUGUGUCCCAUCGAGACACGCUCUCACACGAUAUGUGACCUCUUUCUUCGGCGGCUUUCAUACACAUAUGCCCUUCAUCCACAUCCCGACAUGGCAGAUCAACGACCAUUCGCCAGAGCUGAUCUUUGGCAUCGCCGCCAUCGGAGCGCAGUACUGUUUCGAGUCGAGAGCCUCGGAGAGGUUGUUCUUCGCCGGGAAAGCGCUGUUGAUGGAAAGGCUGAGGAAGGAUUCAGACUCAUUUGGCCUGUCAACGCUUCCCAUACCACAUGUCGCUUCACAAAAUAGCCGGCGUGGCGAUGCGGAGGCUGAUUCGGCAGUUGAGACCAUCAGAGCCUUGAUCACUCUCAUGGGCUUUGCGACUUGGGAGCCAAAAGCACCAAUGGUCCAGGAAUCCUUCGUGCUGCAGGGAAUUCUUACACAGAUCUUGCGAAACUCCGGUCUCGAGGAUGUCGAUGAGCCAGCGUCGCCAACACCAUCAGAUCAACCAAGCGACGGCAACUCAUUGUGGCACGAAUGGAAGACGUGGAUCAGGCAAGAGUCAAACAGGCGCUCCAAGCUGAUAGGCUUCUCAUUCCUUCAUACACACAGCAUCGCAUACAAUGUGUACCCAACGCUCCGUAGUAACGAGAUCGGUCUUCGGUUACCUUGCUCCACGAAGGAGUGGAAAGCUCCGACACCGGCGUCAUGGCGCGCUGCAACAAAAGAAAUUCAAGAGCCACAGUUGUUCUUCCGAGAAGCGCUAUCAUUACUUCUUAAGAACAAGAAUGAUACAGCACCACUAUUGCCGAUUCCUACGCCUUUGGGUAAUUAUGUCCUGCUCCAUGGACUACUUCAGAGAAUACACAUCGUGCGAGAUCUAAGUCUUCCUGUCACCAGCAGCUCGGCUGUUCUUCCGAGUGAAGAGGUUGAGAAACUCGAACGAGGCUUGCGGUCGUGGACUUCGUGUUGGCAACAAGCACCAGAGUCAACCCUCGACCCCAACAACGAGAACGGACCGAUCCCCUUCACUUCCAGUUCUCUUCUGUCACUGGCAUACGUGCGCAUAUACCUGCACCUGGGUCCAUACAGACAACUCGAGACACGGGAUCCCCAACGUAUCGCCAAUUCCAUCGCAAGCAGCCCUGAUAUCGAGCGAAGUGACGGCGUGAUCGCUGCACUCCUCUACUCAGCGCACAUGAUCGGCAUCCCGGUCCGCUUGGGUGUUGACCGUGUUGCAAGAAGCCAAGCCUUCUUUUGGAGUGUGAGGCACUCCCUAUCUGGCCUGGACUGCGCAGUUUUGUUGGGCAAAUGGCUGUCGAAACUUGGGGAAACGAUUGCCGAGCAUCCACUAAAUGGCAAGUCUGCUUUUGAUCUGAUUUUCCGACUUGUGACGCUAACAGCUAUUCCAGAUAGCGAAGACAGGAUCUUGCACUGGGUGAGAUGCAUCGUCGAGGAGGCAUACACGGUCGUCGAUUUUGAUCAAGGCGUUGACACGGAUAAUCCUGCCCUUCUCGACUUUCGAGAUCCAAGUAACUUAUGCCUGGCAGUUUUGAAGAUAUGGGCACAUUUCUUCAAGAGUAAUACACAAUGGCCUUUUAUAAACAUCAUCGGUGUUGGGCUGGAAAAGUAUCGAGAAAUACUUAUUCACAAGACCAUCGGUUGA